AACAAGGACAUCGAAAAUGACCCCCAGGAAAUCUCCUAUGACAGAAAGCUAGAGGUGGGGGAGCCUGCCGUCAGUGACCCGAAGGAUCCAGAAGAACCUCGCAUGCAGAGGCCUCCGGGAAGUCCCCUGGUCCUCCCUCACACCUUGCAGGAGCUCCUGAGCAAAGACAUCGUUCAAGUGCAGUUAAUCCCGGAGAAAAGGGGGCUGUUUUUGAAGCACGUGGAAUAUGAAGUCUCCAGCAAGCGUUUUAGGUGCUCCGUUUACCGGCGGUAUAACGAUUUUGUGGUUUUCCAUGAGAUGCUCCUUCAGAAGUUCCCCUACCGUAUGGUCCCUGGCUUGCCUCCCAAGAGGAUGUUAGGAGCUGACCGAGAAUUCAUCGAAACUAGACGCCGUGCCUUGAAGCGCUUCAUCAACCUGGUGGCGCGACACCCUCCUUUUUCAGAAGAUGUGCUUCUGAAGUUCUUCCUCUCUUUCAGUGGGUCGGAUGUUCAGAACAAGCUGAGGGAGCUGGUCCAGGGUGUGGGAGACGAAUUCAUGACCUGCAAGUUCGCAAUGCAGGCAAAGGAGUAUUUGCCCACAGACAUCCAGAUCCACUUUGCGGCCAGCCGAGAAUUGAUCAGGAACAUCUACAACAGCUUCUACAAACUCAGGGACCGGACGGAGCGGAUCGCAUCCCGGGCGGUGGACAAUGCCUCGGACCUUCUCCUGUUUGGGAAGGAGCUAAGUGCUUUGGGCUCGGACACAACCCCGCUGCCUUCCUGGGCAGCCCUCAACAGCGGCGUCUGGAGCGACCUGAAGCAGGCGCUCAAAGGCCUCUCCGUAGAAUUCGCCAUGCUGGCCGACAAAGCUGUGCAGCAGGGUAAACAGGAAGAGAACGACGUGGUGGAGAAACUCAACCUUUUCCUGGACUUGCUCCAGUCUUAUAAAGAUCUGUGCGAGAGGCACGAGAAGGGCGUGUUGCACAAACACCAGAGGGCUCUGCACAAGUACAGCAUGAUGAAGAAGCAGAUGAUGAGCGCCACGGUGCAGAACAAGGAGCCGGAGUCGGUGGAGCAGCUGGAAUCCCGGAUCGUGGAGCAAGAGAACGCAAUCCUCACCAUGGAGCAGCGCAACUACUUCUCCCUCUACUGCCUUCACCAAGAGACUCAACUCAUCCACAUUUACCUCCCGCUCACCUCUCACAUCUUGGGGGCCUUCGUCAACUCGCAGAUCCAAGGCCACCAAGAGAUGAGCACAGUCUGGAACGAACUGAAACCCAAGCUGAGCUGCCUCUUUGCAGGAACCAGCAGCGUGUUGAUGCUCCCCUUGUCUGCUCAAGAGGAGAACUUUCUUCCCAGUUAAUGUUUUGGGAUUCAGGAUGGGAGUGGCUGGAAGGAAGGGCUGCCCUUGACACUUAACCGGAACCUGUCCAGCUGUCCUCCUCUCGGCAAAUCCUAGGUUUUGCCUCCCCGAGCCUGAUUUGAGGGGACCCACAAUCUCCAGGACGUAGAGAUGUGAUUUUUUUUUUUCAAAGGCCUCUUUUGUGCUUUAUCAUUUUUGCUAUCCUCUGCGAAGGCUCAACCACGGCGCUCGGGGCAGAUUUGGGGAUGGGGCCUGCCCCCUGCCAAAAACAACGAGACGGGUUUGGGUGACCCACUCCACUCCAGGAAUAAAACCCAUAAUUUCAUUGAGGUUAGGGACGGGCAGCAAAUCUAGGCCCCAUCGAUCAAAGGGGCACCCGUUUUCCUUAAACAGCAUUCUGAGCAAAGUGACCAUCGUGAGCUUUUCUCUCGUUUCGUUUUGAAAAGCCAGAUGUUUAAUUGAAUAGAAGUGUAAGGCCCAGGUAUGCUUCAACAGUAGACGGGGUUACGUGACUUCAUGCCACGUAAGAAAUGGCCAGCUGUCUCACAGAGGACUAGACUCAUGAAUUCAUCUCUCAAAACACACGUCCAGCCUUGCCUCUGUGGAAGCCUCUCAGUGGCCAAGGU